AUGUGGCCGGCUGUGCUAUGUGCCCUGUGCCUGCUGCCCAGCUGCCUGGCCUUGCCGCUUCCCCGGGAGGCAGGUGGCAUGAGUGAGCCACAGUGGAAACAGGCUCAGGACUAUCUCAAGAGGUUUUAUCCAUCUGACUCAAAAACAAGGGAUGCUGACAGCUUCAAAACCAAACUCAAGGAGAUGCAAAAGUUCUUUCGCCUGCCGGUAACAGGAAUCCUGAACUCCCGCACGAUAGAAAUAAUGCAGAAGCCCAGAUGUGGUGUGCCUGAUGUCGCCCAUUUCUCACUAUUCCCAAACAGGCCAAAGUGGACUUCCGAAGUCAUCACUUACAGGAUCGCAUCGUACACCCCAGACUUACCACGCUUCAGAGUGAAUCAAUUAGUGGCAAAGGCUUUGGCAAUGUGGAGCAAAGAGAUCCCACUAUCCUUCAGGAGAGUUCCAAGGGGAACUGCAGAUAUAAUGAUUGGCUUUGCAAGAGGAGCUCACGGGGACUACUAUCCAUUUGAUGGACCAGGAAACAUCCUGGCUCACGCCUUUGCACCUGGGCCAGACCUAGGAGGAGACGCUCACUUUGAUGAGGACGAGCGCUGGACAGAUGGUAGCAGGAUAGGAAUUAACUUCCUGAUUGCUGCAACCCACGAGCUCGGCCAUUCUCUGGGCCUGGGUCAUUCGUCAGAUCCCGAUGCCGUGAUGUAUCCGACCUACAGCAUUAGAGAUUCUAAGAGUUUCAAACUUUCACAGGAUGAUAUAGAAGGAAUCCAGAAAUUAUACGGAGGGAACAGAAUUUAAGGAGAAAUCUGGAGCUGCAGGGAGAACACACUUCCAUUCACUGGAUUCGGUGUCAUUGUCCUCGAGCAGAGGUAAUGCACACGGUCCCUGAGCUCCACUGAGUACUUGGUUCAUUCUCCCCCAUGCCGUGGUCAUCACAUGUCUUGCUGUCCCAAAGAGAAGCUCUUCAAUGGUGCAAGUGCCUCAUUCGCCAAUGACUUUGCAUUUGGUGAAUUUUAACAAAUGCACAGAUAAAUAAAGUUUUUAUUCCAUAGCAAAA